AUGCCAGAACUCUCGAACCAAAUAGCCCUCGCAGAAGAAGCAACUUCGCCUUCUAGCUCCAAUAUAAUGUCUCUGAUCAAUCUACCGACUGAAAUCCUCCUUCAAAUCCUAGAAGAUGUCAUCCUCAUGGUGGGGCUCGCCACAGGUACUUCUCUAAGGCUCGUCUGCCGUAAGGACAACCUCGCAACUGGAAACAAUGCCACCGAGACUAAUCAUUCAAUAGGGGAUUUUGAUCAACUAGUCGAGGACGUGAUAUUCCGUCUACCGAACAACGUUCUCAUGUGCCAUAACUUAAGGGGACCCGUGCUUGUGAAGAUCUUGUACGAAAGAUUAAAAGUUCAGAACGCAGACAACUCCCUAUGUCGUACUAUCAAAGGUACAGUCGAUCAUCUCGACCCUGGGGGCAAAGAUACUGUGAUGAGAAAACGAUACACGAUUGUUCUCAUCAAGGCGGCUGCUGUCCACAUGUCUUCUUGCGCUAUCUUCCAUCAUCUCUCUCCCAGCGAGGCAUGGGAAUGGGGACAUGCCGAUGAUACCGCGCUCAUUGCAGCAAUAGCAGCGAAGGAGAUGGACAAAAUUGAGUCUAUACUCAAAGACACCACCGCUAGCACUCUUUUUGAAACUCUAUACUUUGGACACGCUCUAUCGGCAGCAGCUACGUUCAAUGCUACAGAAGCUAUACCAUUGCUCCUUCGAUACCACAACCAGCCCAAGAACAAGAUCUCUCUCUGCCGUUUGCGUCUUUCUGAAGCCCUCAGUACGGCGGCUAGCUACGGACGCCUGGAAUUUAUAAAAAUCCUGUUAAGAGAAGCGAAGUUUACAGUACAUGAUAUUGAGAGGGCCUGUUUCAGCGCCAUUAGGUCUUUACAAGAGCCAGCCGCAAUCCUACUGGUAGAGCAACAUCUAUCGUCUUCUCCAUCACACCCGGAAAAUGAUUUCUGGCUCCCGUUCGCUUGUGAUGUGGCAAAGAUUGGUUGUCGUAAAGUCUUGGAGAAAAUCAUGGGCGUUAUCACUUCGGAUUCAAAUGUUCUUGCCAGGGUUCUUGAAAAUGCCUGCAAAUUUGGCCAUCAUGACAUGGCGUGUUCGUUGCUAUCAAAGUUCUCGCACCAAGACCUUGAGGUUCUCUCUGGUAGCCUAUUUUGGGCAGGGCGUUCGGGAAAUAUCGCGUUGGCCAAAACAUUUCACGAAUACUUCCGCGGGAGUAGCAUUGCUCAGCUCCAAAUAUUAGCGGGGACAAUAUCAGGAGAGCACUCCAAAGCCACUGAGCAUUUAUUGCAAAUGCUCGGUAUCAUUUCCGAGUCAAUCAAAUUCACUGAUCUAGUACAUCAGUUGCUGCCAGAUCUCCCACCACCAAUCUCUCGCAGUAGCGCCAAACAGUCACAAGAAUAUCCAUCCAGAGCAUCUCCAGGACGGAGCCCAGAACCUGUAGAGCAUGGCCUUCUCAAAAAGGCCAUCUGGGAUAAAAGUCUUGCAAAAGCAGUCACGAUCAUUUGUAACUAUGGUGCCCAACAUCCUCAGGAUGAUCUUGGCCUGUUUUCAGACUCUUUCUUGGAAGCAGCUCGUAUGACCUGUCCUGAGAUCUUUUUAUACUUACGGGACCACCGAGCGGAAACAGUGCAGAGCUCUCCCCUUUUCGAGAUAACCAAGGUCGAGUAUGACUGGAUUGUGCCGCACCGCAUCUCAGAAUCAUUAGCGGCGAAUCGAGUUAUUCAAUUUCGUAAUACUUCGAUAACAAUCUGAUACUCUAAACUUCGUUCAACCAAUGGUGUAUUUCGACUGUCCCAAGAAACUCUUUCAUGCGCUAGGAGGAUGAAAGAUCCUGGCCACAUUAUAGAGAUGGAAGAGCGUGGACAUCAAUUUAAGAUGAGAAAUAGAAUUGAGGUUGUUCAAUUUCUCCCCGAGCGCGAUGAUGAUUGAACGUAAGAAACUUUGAACGGUAGACUGUGCUGAAAGCUGCUAG